CGAUUACAAAAUGUAUGUACGUACUUAUACUCUUGUACUCUGGUCCUUUCCUUAAUUAUAAUAGCUCUCUCCCUCACGACACUACUACCUCUUCUUUCUCUUUUAUUUUCUUCUCAAUUGAUCGAGACCAGAACUUAUUCAAUUCCAAAAUUCCAUUCAAAUAGAAAGCUUUUUCUUUUUCUGUUGGUCCAAGGACGUUAAUUAGUCCUUUUUGAAUUUGGAGCACCAUCGAUCAGUUCGUCUGCAUGAAGUUGAGAUAUAUGCAUGGCUCAUUUUCUCUCAAACUCCAGGUGGUUCGGAAUAUUCCGACGAAGAUCAGUUCAACCUGAUAACAGCGACGACAACGAUGACGACAGCAAUCCAAUCUCAAACUCCAUUGAAUGUUAUGCAUGCACUCAAGUUGGCGUCCCUGUUUUCCACUCCACCAGUUGCGACGGAGCUAACCAACCGGAGUGGGAAGCUUCAGCCGGUUCUUCCCUAAUUCCAAUUCAAAACCGGACUGAUUCGAGAACCGGAAAAUCCCGGUCCAGCCGCAGCCGUCACACAUCGGGGCCGUUCGGGCGUGUGUUAGAUCCUCGAAGCAAGCGCGUGCAGAGAUGGAACCGAAUGAUCUUAUUGGCACGUGGCAUGGCUUUAGCUGUUGAUCCUCUAUUCUUUUACGCCUUAUCCAUCGGCCGUAAUGGAUCGCCGUGCUUGUACAUGGAUGGCGGCCUUGCAGCCAUCGUCACGGUGAUUCGUACUAGCGUCGACGCCGUGCACCUCUUCCAUUUGUGGUUGCAGUUCCGGCUGGCUUACGUGUCGAGAGAAUCGCUGGUGGUAGGGUGUGGGAAACUCGUGUGGGAUGCGCGUGCGAUUGCUUCUCACUAUGUUAGGUCCCUUAAAGGAUUCUGGUUCGAUGCUUUUGUCAUCCUUCCCGUUCCGCAGGCUGUAUUUUGGCUGGUGGUUCCAAAACUAAUAAGAGAAGAGAAGAUAAAGCUUAUAAUGACAAUCCUUCUAUUGAUGUUCUUAUUCCAGUUCCUCCCAAAAGUUUAUCACAGCAUAAGCUUAAUGAGAAGGAUGCAAAAGGUUACUGGAUAUAUUUUUGGUACCAUCUGGUGGGGAUUUGGCCUUAAUCUCAUUGCUUAUUUUAUUGCUUCUCAUGUUGCUGGGGGAUGCUGGUAUGUUCUUGCAAUACAAAGAGUGGCUUCAUGUCUAAGGCAGCACUGUGAGCGGAGCCCUUCGUGUAAUCUAUCUUUGUCAUGCUCAGAGGAGGUGUGUUAUCAGUUUCUAUUGCCAGCAGGAACUGUGGGAAAUCCAUGUGCUGGGAACUCAACAACUGUGAUUAGGAAGCCAAUGUGUUUGGAUGUCAAUGGACCAUUUCCAUAUGGGAUAUACCAAUGGGCACUUCCUGUUGUUUCAAGCAGAUCCGUCACUGUUAAGAUUCUUUACCCCAUCUUUUGGGGACUGAUGACCCUUAGCACAUUUGGCAAUGACUUAGAACCAACAAGUCACUGGCUUGAAGUUAUUUUCAGUAUAUGCCUUGUGCUUAGUGGAUUGAUGCUCUUCACUCUGUUGAUUGGUAACAUCCAGGUGUUUUUGCACGCGGUCAUGGCAAAGAAGCGAAAAAUGCAAUUAAGAUGUAGGGAUAUGGAAUGGUGGAUGAAGAGGAGACAAUUGCCAUCACAAUUAAGACAAAGAGUUCGCCACUUUGAACACCAGAGAUGGGCUAUGAUGGGUGGACAAGAUGAGAUGGAACUUGUAAAAGACUUGCCAGAAGGGCUUCGAAGGGAUAUCAAACGCUUUCUUUGCCUUGAUCUUAUUAAAAAGGUUCCUCUAUUCCAUAGUUUGGAUGAUCUGAUUCUAGACAACAUUUGUGAUCGCGUUAAGCCACUUGUCUUCUCCAAAGAUGAGAAGAUCAUAAGAGAAGGAGAUCCAGUGCACCGGGUGGUGUUCAUUGUUCGUGGACGUGUAAAAAGUAGCCAAAACCUCAGUAAAGGAAUGAUUGCCACGAGCAUACUUGAGCCUGGAGGCUUCUUUGGAGAUGAGCUUCUUUCCUGGUGCUUACGCCGUCCCUUCAUAGACAGACUUCCAGCUUCUUCCGCAACCUUCACUUGCAUUGAUUCGACAGAAGCAUUUGGCUUAGAUGCAAACCACCUUCGAUUUAUCACGGAUCACUUCAGAUACAAAUUUGCAAACGAGAGGCUAAAGAGAACAGCAAGGUAUUAUUCAUCCAAUUGGAGAACCUGGGCUGCUGUGAAUAUACAGUUAGCAUGGCGACGUUACAUGAUGAGGACUAGCCGUCCCACUAUACAUGUGAUCGAGAAUGGGGAUAAUGAGCAUCGCCUUCGCAAGUAUGCUGCAAUGUUCUUGUCAAUCAAGCCGCACGAUCAUCUUGAAUAGUGAUAAUAGCGUUGAUACUAUAUCCUCAUUUGUCCUACUUUUCAUCAAUAAGCCAGAUUUGUACAACGACAUUGAUUCAUUGAACUUUAAUAUCUGAUAUAAAGGGCCUGGGAAUUAUUUGCACAAAUAAAUGUCACAGUUUAGCGACUUGUGUUUAAGUAAAAUUUUUACAUGAAUUUCCCUCAUUUGUAAUGAAUCUCAUUGUAUUUUGCCA